AUGAAUCAAGACAUUAAAAGAUUAUUAAAAAUAAAAGUAGAUGCACUUAAAAGAUUAGAAAAAGACUAUACAUUAUAUAAACAAGAAGAGAUUUCACAAUAUCAAAAAGUUGAAAGAUUUAAAUCAGACCCUACAAAAGAUAUUUACGAUGUUAAAAAACAAGAAGAAAUUUUAGAUGAAACCAAAAGAAUGAUUAUUGAUUCAGUUUCAAGAGUUACAUCCUAUAUUGUUUCAUUAGGCGAGUUUUUAGAUGAACAUAAAGAUAAAGAUGAUGGCAGUGAAAUAUGGAUAGAAUCUUAUGAAAUAGUUGAUAGACUAUCUACUAAAUUUUUAAAUGAACAAUAA